AUGUCGGCGCAAUUGCGGCUUGCCGCAAAUAGUUCAGCCCCUGCACUCAUGGACAGAUAUAAAGUCUCUAUUGACAGGUAUCCGUACUUCAGAGACACAAUAAAAAUGUCGACCAACACAGUCCCGUCUUCGCUCGACUUGACCCUACGUCUUUUCAGUGAACUUUAUGAAGGACGGAGACAAUCAAACGCCUACCCUUCCCAUCCUACAGCGCAACGCCGUCUGUUCCAAGUACCCGAGUCAAUCCAUCACCAGUCGUCCCUUUCAGAAACUCAAUACCAUGGCUCGGUCAUUGCCGAUGAAUGGACACCGUGCGGCGAUUCCACUUUGAACACGCUCAACAUAACGAGGACUGUGGAAGCGCCAUUUCCACUUGACGCAGGGUCUCCCGGCUUUAGCAGUCCAUCUCCCAUGAAGUCCGAUCUCAUUCGCCAACCCCUUCCAAACACCACUCUUGAUCCAGACAACAGAAUGGAUGCACCUGAUCUUAAUUGGCCUGUCUAUUUGGAAGGUCGCAGCUUCAACGUGGAAACUCACCUCGAGUUUUACAAUAGCUUCUCUCCAGAGCUUUCCAUGACUCCCUCUAUGGAUAACCCUUUUUCCCAGACGUGGAGUCCUUAUACUCUUCCGCAGUCACCUGACACAUCAUCUUCCAACGAGAGUUCAUCUCGGGAUUCUUUCCCGUGGGCGAACAACCACGCCCAAGAUCAUCAUGUCGAACCAUCAUCCAGCGACAUACAAAAUCACGCGCAGAACUCCGGCGAUGUUUAUCUAUCUAGUUCUUGUAACGGAACCGAUCUUCAUUCGCCUACACCGUCGCGGUCGGAGGAGAGGAGUGGCUAUAAAUCAUUGAAUGGCACAUCAUGCCGAUGCCGCUGGGAUGGCGGGUGCCUCUCAGUUCUGACUGUCGACAGGUCCGAAGUGAUGGAACACCUCCAACUGUACCACGGUGUUAAAUCUGGCGGUGUCAAAAUAAGAUAUCGUGCCAUUGGGACGGCUGCGGGAAGGAGAUGCAGAAGGAGAGCAUAUCGCGGCACAUCGUCACGGUUCAUUUGAGCGAUAAAACGAAAUGUGGUUGUUGUGAAAAGCAGUUUACUCGGUUAGAUUCUAAGCUGCGCCACUUGAAGCGUUUAAAACGAAAGGAUUGCAGAGAAUCCGAACCCCAUGACAGUCGUGCCAAACGCCUUCGCCUGUCGUGGCCAUGAUUUUCCCGUCAGAUAUUCUCGCAGCUUAUUAUUCACAUUACCGAGGACAGCACAGCACCGCCGUGCGUGUAUGCUCAUUUUUGUUACAUUAAUUGGAUCUUGAUCUGUGGACGUAUGUACUGCCGAACCUAUG